GGGAGCAUGCUUGCAAGUUAAUGCAACCGCUGUGUUUUCGUCGUUGUCAAUAGCCAUUCGCUGGUUCGUUGACAAUUUCAUCCCACAGCACGCGGGCGAGAGCUCUGAUUAAUUGAGCACGGGAAGCGAGAGCUGAAACGCCUCCGUCUUGCAGAGCCAAAGCAUCAAAGCCUUGCGCCGCACAAUCAUUGAACAACUAUCACCCAAAGAAUGCUGCUCUGCCUCCUCGCCACCGCGCAAGCCGCGACGCCCACGAGGACAACACCAGCAGCAGCCAAACCGCAGCUCCUCCCGGCCGAAGCCUGGGACCGCAUCCGCACGGGCCGCGUCCACGUCGAGCGCGACUUCAUCGACGCGACUCUCGCGCAGCGCCUGCGCGCCGACGCGACGCUGCUCCAGGAGCGCGGCUUGUUCCGGCCUGACGGCCUGUCGCGGCUCGGCGAGGCAAAGGAGCGCCAGGGCUUCAACCGCGGCGACCGCCAGACCUACGCCGGCGGCUGGGAGGCGAGCGAGGGCGACUCGGCCGCGCGCCGCCUCCUCGCUGGGAAGCUCGCGGCGCUGCGCCGGGAGGCGGCCCUGGCGCUGCGGCGACCCUCCAUGGGCCGUGCCGGCGCCGUCGCGGACGAGCGGUCAUACAAUUGGUACGAACCUGGGGCCUCCCUAAGACGCCACGGCGACGAGUUCCACGAGGAGACCAAGGGCCCGAAAGGCUGGCUCCUGCCCACGCGCCGAUCUCUCACGUGGCUGCUUUAUCUAAAUAAGGAGUGGCGCGCGGAAGAGGGGGGCGCGUUGCGCGCCUACGAGCGCGCGCGGCCCUGCGACCACGCCGUCGGCGCGACGGACGACGGCGACGUGCAGGUGGGAUGGGUCGGCGAGGACCGCGAGGUGCCCGUGUUUUUUGGGGAAGACGAGCACGGCGAGCGCGUUCUUUAUGACGCUUUGGGGCACGUGCGCGGCGGCUGCGCGGCCGGCGUGGCGGCGCCGCCAUUGGCCACGAUCGCGGACGCGGGCGUCCGGCUCAUCCGUGGAAGCCUCGACCGCAACGAGGCGCCGCCGGCGGGCGAAGCAAUCCAGGACAUACGACCGGUCGCCGGGACCCUACUUCUCUUCGACAGCAUCGCCGUGCCGCACGAGGUCCUCGCCGUGACGGCGGAGCGGCCGCGCGUCGCGUGCACGGGCUGGUUCCACGAGCUGCUCCCCGCGCCAUAGAUGUAACGACUGUUUUGUGCGAUUUAAA